UUACUAUCCGCUUCAGGUCCGGAACUUACUGUGUCGGAUACUACCAAUCAAACAACUUACCCCUCCAUCCGCUUGAAGUCCCCAACGCGACACCUCAUACCCCGCUCGCCAUCACUGUCGAAAGCCAAGAAGCGUCAUCGCUUCAGUCGUCGCAUCGCAUUCUACCACAUCGUACCAGGUCGAUUCGAAAACGACCAUGGCGACCACCUCCGCCGCCGCACCACCUCGGAAAUGGAUGCAGGUCCCUCGUCCGCUCCAGCAGCUCUUCGAUACAUUUCCCCUUCUCGCCUACGACGUCAACGCCCUCCCCGCUCGAGCACAGUCAGCCACUUCUGGUGACCUUCCUACACUUUACGUCUUUUCUACCGAGGAGGAAGCGCUACUGGGGGCACCAAGCUUCAACCCUAGCUGUUUGAAGUGGCAGACCUUUCUCAAGCUUGCCGGUGUCGAAUUCCAAAUCCUGCCCUCGACAAACCAUGCCUCACCUACCGGCGCUCUCCCGUUCAUCCUUCCGAAAAGAUCGUCCCCUACCGAUGCCCCAUCACCAAUUCCGUCUUCCAAACUCCACGAUUACGCCCUCAAAUACGGUACCUCCAAUCCUCCAGAGGUUUCAGCCCUGAGGCUCGACGCCUACCAAGCCCUCCUCGACGGUCCUAUCCGAAACGCCUGGCUACAGGCCCUCUACCGCGAUCCCGAAUACACAGAUCUGCUAGACAGAUUCUACAUCACGCCAGCCUCCUCUUCUUACUGGGUGCGCGGCGCACUCAGACACCAACUGCGCCGAGCAGCAGAGGCCGAGAUCCUAAAGACCGGGCCCGGUGGUGCUGCUUCUACGGCGUUAUCUCUACUAGUUGAUGAAGACUCCGUGUACAGAGCGGCUUUGAACGCAUUGGAAGCUUUGGCGACAUUACUCUCAGAAAGCGAAACUGGAUGGUUCUUUGGAGCGGAGACGCCGACAAUUUUUGAUGCAAGUGUUUUCGCUUACACGCAUCUGAUGCUCAAGUAUAUGAGCGACGCCAAGGGCGAAGCAGGGGAAGAGCAGGGAUCAGUUGUCGCGUCCAGGAGGUUAGGGAAUAUGGUUAGGAGUGCUGGAUCGGGAGAGUUGGAGCAGCACCAUCACCGGCUAUUUGAGCUGCUUUGGCUCGGAGACUUAAGUGCCGAGUACUCCAACGACAAGGCUUGAGGGAACAAGCUGCUGCAAUUGAGCAGGUGCAAGCUGGACAUGUAAAUGCAUGACGAAGGCUAUGACCAAUAUGGACUGUACAACGUUUGUAAAAAAAAUACACUGGAGAAACAGAGGGCAACCUCCAAAGAUAGAUACCCCGAUUAACCUUGAUGUCAGGUUGGUUUGACGACGAUAAGGGCGGGAUUGGGAUGGAACCGUUACGGGGGAGCAUUGUUUAUCACCGGUGACCGGAGUCAGUGGCCGGAACCAUUCCGGCCAAGUGGAGUCGGAUAUCGGGAAGCUGGGGCCGGCUGGGGCCGGCUAGGGCCGGAGCAAAGUGGGGAUCUGCCAAUUCCCAUUACUCAAUUCCGGGUUCAUGGCUCACC